CUACUUUACAAGGAUGGGGAAGUAAAACAUGAGGACAUCAUUUGAUUCAUACGAGUGCCAAUCAUUUCUCAAACAUAAAAAGCAUGUCAUUCCCGUAAUAAACUUCAAAAAUUCAACACUGUAUUGCAUUCAAUAUAAUCAAACAAUGGGUCCCAACUCUUUAUACUUUUAUUUAUUCCCCAAAAAUAUUUUACAAAUAAUUACUAGUAGUAGAAGAAAAAAACAAUAACCAGGGUCCUCUUUCUCUAAAAGCUUCUGUCGUAGUCUUUGACUUGGACUCACAAUCCAAAUCGCAAUAAUACCACUCCCACCAAAUCUCCAAAUAUUUCUUCCCCCACUCAGUCAUUCACUCACUCUUUCCUUGUCAUCUCUUUUCUUCCCACCCUCUUACCAAGUUAAACACCCAAAACAACAAAAACUCACCUUAUGAACCUAUAUAUAUAUUCAAUCUAUUAUAGUUAGUGGCAGAUCUAGCAUUUUUAAUUUAGGGGGACGGACUAUCUGUAGCUCGCAGUUCCCUCUACCAACAUAACCCGAGCCUCAUCAAUAAUGCUGCGGCGGACACUGGCCGCCGCAGCCUUAUUAGCUCUUCUUGUAGCUGUAUCAUUCCUCUUCAUAACUGCACCCGCGGAGACAGAGUUGGAGCGGAGGAAGCUAAUAGGGCCAGGAUCGUGGCCGCCGAGCUGUCGAUCGAAGUGCGGGAGUUGUGAGCCAUGUAAGGCAGUGCACGUUCCGAUUCAACCCGGAGUGAGCGUGCCAUUGGAGUACUACCCCGAAGCUUGGCGUUGUAAGUGUGGGAAUAAGUUGUACAUGCCUUAGGAUUGAUAUGAUACGGAGUAGUACAAUUAAUUAGUAAGGAAAGAAGGUUGAAUUUAUUGUAGGUACUGUGUACGCAAAAUUUGAUGAUGAAACAAAAUCAGCAGUGUAAUUAAUGAGAGCUAGCUAGGCUAUCAGAAUCCUCUUGUUUUUACUACUGUACUACUUUUACACUAGGAGUAUUAUCUAUUUAAUUAAUGUGUAUG